GGUGACCCAACCCCUGGUGUACGUUAUAUAAAGAGGGCGAGUUAAAAGCUCUCCCAUUUGUGAAGGAAUCAAACAGCAGAGUACCUCAUUCGCUCACAUUAGGGUUUCGAUCGAUCGAUCGAUCGCUUCAAGCGUUUUAGGUGAGGAUUUGCGGGAUAAUCCAUCGAUACAGGCGUUUUAGAAACAUGAGUGAAGCAAAUGAGACAGGAAACUCAACUACUUCAGCUAGUGCUCAUGCACAGAAACGUCCAGUCCCGAAGCUGAAUGAAAGGAUUCUGUCAUCCUUGUCAAGGAGAUCAGUUGCUGCGCAUCCUUGGCAUGAUCUUGAUAUAGGUCCUGGAGCUCCUUCUGUUUUCAAUGUUGUUGUGGAGAUCUCAAAAGGAAGUAAAGUCAAGUAUGAACUUGACAAAAAAACUGGACUGAUCAAGGUCGAUCGUGUCUUAUAUUCGUCAGUGGUCUAUCCGCAUAACUAUGGUUUCAUUCCCCGUACGCUUUGUGAAGAUAAUGACCCUAUGGAUGUUCUGGUCCUCAUGCAGGAGCCAGUGCUCCCUGGUUGCUUUCUACGUGCCCGUGCUAUUGGGCUUAUGCCCAUGAUCGAUCAGGGGGAGAGAGAUGAUAAAAUCAUUGCAGUUUGUGCUGAUGAUCCUGAGUAUCGCCACCUCAGAGACAUUAAGGAGCUCUCUCCUCAUCGCCUUAUGGAGAUCAAACGCUUCUUUGAAGAUUACAAGAAAAAUGAGAACAAGGAAGUAGCUGUUGAUGAUUUUUUACCUGCCACAACUGCCAUUGAAGCAAUUCAAUACUCCAUGGAUCUCUAUGGCCAAUACAUCAUGCAGAGCCUGAGGCAGUAGAUUGGUGUUACUAGCUCUAAAUAGCUUCUUCCCCAGCAAUAAUGGCAUGAGAGCCGAACAUGUUACUAUUUUGUUCUAAUUUUUUUCAAGGGUUUUGAAUCUUGCUAUUUAAAUUUUCUGCGCCAGCUAUAUAUUGAUUGUCUUGUUUUAAUUUGAUUUUGAACUGUUUCAAAAGGAGUAAUGUAGUCGUGAACGAACAAGUUUAUCAUGGAUAUUCUGAUUC